AACGGCAAAAAAGGUUGCAGACGGCAAAAAAAAAAAGAAAAAGAAAAAGCUGGAUUCUUCUCCCAACCAGAACCCCUUUCUCAAAAUUUUCCUUCGAUCAAUAGCUUCCACCUACAUCACCGGUCAUCACCUGAUUCUUCUCCCAUCCAGAACCUCCUUUCUCCAUUUUCUCCGAUCGUGGGAUCCCUCCUUCAGAUCUGGAUCUGCCUUUCUCCAAAAUUUCCGCCUUGGGUGUUUUUGUUUCAUAUUCUGCAAUUUCUUGAUGUUUGGUGCUUAAACUUGUAUGAAUUUGCUAAAAGUGAAUGAUAUUUAAUGAUUCGUUGCUUGUUAUCUGCUCUGCCGCUGGCCUACUGUUGAACCGGAUCCAUCUGCUUUGCUGCCGCUGGCCUGCUGCCGGAUCGGAUCCAUCUGCUUUGCUGGCCUGCUGCCGGACCGGAUCCAUCUGCUUUGCUGCCGCUAGCCUGCUGCCGGAUCGAAUCCAUCUGCUUUGCUACCGCUAAAGCGAUUUGCUGCUGCUACUACAAAGCCAUCUGCUGCCAUUGCUAUUGCUACCGUUCCCCGUGGGGAUCGCCAUUCCCCGCGGGGAACAGCGACGGGGGGCAAAAUCUGCCCCCU